CACGUGAAAUUACAAUUAAUUUAUAAAAAUAAAAGGAAAAGAAAAGAAAAGUUAAUCAACACAAAUUUGUCUUCUCUAUAUCCUCCUCAUCUUUCAUCCUGUCUCUCCUGAUCUCCUCUCCACUCCUCUCCUCUCGUUUUCAAUUCUCAGAUCGGAUCAAGCUAUUUUAAUCAAACACCUUCCGAUCACCAGAAAAUCAUGUCUACUGCAGUCUUCAACGGCGAUGAAACGGCGCCAUUCUUCGGCUUUCUUGGUGCCGCAGCUGCUCUAGUUUUCUCCUGUAUGGGAGCAGCAUAUGGGACAGCAAAAAGUGGGGUUGGAGUAGCAUCAAUGGGAGUGAUGAGGCCAGAGCUUGUGAUGAAGUCAAUAGUUCCAGUUGUUAUGGCUGGAGUUUUGGGUAUCUAUGGGUUGAUUAUUGCUGUGAUUAUUAGUACCGGGAUUAACCCUAAAGCUAAAUCGUAUUACCUUUUUGAUGGUUAUGCCCAUCUUUCAUCUGGUCUGGCUUGUGGUCUUGCUGGUUUAUCUGCUGGUAUGGCUAUUGGUAUUGUUGGUGAUGCUGGUGUUAGAGCCAAUGCACAGCAGCCAAAACUUUUUGUUGGGAUGAUUCUUAUUCUCAUCUUUGCUGAAGCACUUGCUCUCUAUGGUCUCAUUGUCGGCAUCAUCUUGUCAUCCCGAGCUGGACAAUCAAGAGCAGAUUAAGUACAGUACUGGACUUUUGUUCAGUUAUAUUGUAUUGUUCAAUGCGGAGUGAAACAACAUUUUGCCCUUUCUACUUGCUUUCCUCUUCCAUUUUUCCCCUCUGGUGAAGGGCAGAGAUAUCCAGGUUUAUAUUUGUUAUUAGAUUAAGUACGGUGAGACUCUGUUUUAAUGUUUUUCUUUGAAAUAUAUUAUGGUGGCAAAAUACUGCUCUACCGAAUUCAUUUUAUACUCUGCUGCUAUUUUUAGCGCUAGGCUCUUGCAGAAUAAAAUUGCUUGUGAAUUCUUUUUCA